UUGUAACCCCCGAAUGGAUGGUGGAUGCCCAGAAAGAAAAUGCUUUGAAUCUUGCGAGUUUUUUUAGUUUGUCGCAACUAUCAGAUUUCUUUAUGCUUUUCUGCGAUCUUUGAAGCAGAGACUGCUGCUUUAGAUUUUUCAAAGUUUUUAAUUAGUGGGUACCUGUGGUCUAGCCCUGGAGAUUUCUCAGGCAUAUGUUUCUGUUUCUUUUUGUUGUUGGGCGCUUGGGAUCAUCGGUUCUGUAACUUCUCGAUUUAUGCAUUUUGAGUGUUUGUCGAAAUGCCCCAGUAGAUUGUAGUCGAAUCGGGAGUAAUGUGACUUCCUGCUCAAUAUCCGAUCUACUACAGAAUGGCAUCUUCUCUAAAAAAUAUGAUUUUUGGGAGGAAAGGGCUCCGAAUUGAGGCCUUAAUGCUACCGGAGUUACCGUCUCCAUUGUAAACUUCUUAUCCGUUUUGAUGGAUAGCAGAACAUUUAUUCUUGUUAUGAGGUUUAUAGAAUCAACAUUGAAACUCCGCAUUUCCAUCGGGGAAAACAGUAAAGUUUUGAGGGCUGAUCCCAUCGAUUGAGGAGCUUCAGAGGCAUGUCACGGUUUCGAUCACUGCUGCAAGCCUCAGUGAAUGCGACAAAGAAGGCCUUUACGUGGAACACUGAAGAAUGGUUACCUCCUGCAGAGAAGCAUAUCUUCAAGUUCAGUUCGAAAGAAGACCUGAGGAAGUGGCACCUGUAUUCUGAUUCCGAGUAUGGAGGACUAUCUUCUGCUUCAUUGGAGAUUGCAGAUGGAAGAAAUGGAUCAAAUUGCCCUGGAAUUUUCUCGGGGAACCUUUCCCUGGACGUUAGUGAGGGUUCUAAAUGGAAAAUCACUCGAAGUGGUUUCUGUGGAAUGCGCUCUAAGCAGUUUGAUGGAUUCAUUGAUCUCGACGGCUACGAUGCUGUAGCCCUGAGGCUCAAAGGAGAUGGAAGAUGUUAUAUUUCAACUAUCUAUACCGAGAACUGGGUGAAUUCACCCGGACAACCAGAGGAUAAUUCAUGGCAAGCUUUUGUCAUUACCCCAAAGGAUGACUGGUAUACUGCUAAGAUACCGUUUGCUCGAUACUUGCCGACAUGGAGAGGGAACGUGAUAGAUGCGCAGAUGGAGAUGAACCUCGGUCGUGUUCUAGGCAUGUCUAUCUCAGUUAACGCAGAAGCCGGUGUCGAUGGAUCCAAAUCAGGCGCUGGAGAUUUUCGAGUGGAGAUUGACUGGAUCAAAGCAUUACGAACUGACUAAUACGUAAGUCGUUGAUCGUAUUCUGCAAUGACUUCUUUCUGUUUGUUACUUGUAACGCCAAGCUUUGCAAUCUCUCAUGGCUUAUUGUCUGAAAGAUUUUGGCUUUCUUUGCGGAAUCAUUGCACGAUCUAUUGCUCUGUAAUAAAUUAUAUUGCUUCUGUUAUUUAGUCCUUGAAUCUA